GGCUGCUCUUGGUCUGUUAUAUUUGUGGAUUUCGAUGCCCAUAACCGCAACAGGCAGACUCUGUGCUCGUUGCUGCCCCGAGAGUCAAGGUCUCAUAAUACCGAUGCAGCGCUUCUGCCCUGUCUUAGCUACCCAGCAUUUGCUUUGGACGAUGAGGCUUUGUUCAGUCAAACACUAGAUAAAAUUAUUAGAAAACUGAAAGGCAAAUAUGGGUUUAAAAGAUUUCUGAGAGAUGGGUACAGAACGGCGCUGGAGGACAAAACACGACGUUAUUAUAAACCAGCAGAAAUUAAGCUUUUUGAUGGCAUUGAGUGUGAAUUCCCUCUGUUUUUUAUUUUCAUGAUAAUUGACGGAGUUUUUAGAGGAAACGCUGCACAAGUAACGGAGUAUCAGGAUCUUCUGGAUCCUUUGCUUCAGCAUACAUCUGAAGGGUGUCCUGUUGUACCCAAGUAUUACUACGUGCCAGCUGACUUCGUUGAACUGGAAAAGAAGAACCCUGGCAGUCAGAAACGGUUUCCCAGCAACAGUGGACGUGACGGCAAGUUCUUCUUAUGGGGACAGGCAGUUUACAUCAUCGCAAAACUCCUGGCUGACAAAUUAGUGAGUCCUAAAGACAUUGACCCCAUCGGACGUUAUGUGCCUCCCCAAGAUCAGCGGAAUGUUAGCAUGAGAUUUUCCAAUCAGGGCCCUUUAGAAAAUGAUUUGGUAGUACAUGUGGCCCUGAUAGCGGAAAGUCAGCGCCUACAGGUCUUUCUGAACACGUAUGGGAUCCAAACUCAGACCCCGCAGCAGGUGGAACCAAUUCAGAUAUGGGCUCAAAAAGAACUUGUCAAAGCUUACUUCCACUUGGGAGUCAAUGAGAAACUGGGAUUAUCCGGAAGACCGGACAGGCCUAUAGGAUGCCUUGGAACAUCAAAGAUUUAUCGGAUACUAGGGAAGACUGUAGUUUGCUACUCGAUCAUUUUUGAUCUGAGUGAUUUCUACAUGUCUCAGGACGUUAUGAUGUUGAUUGAUGACAUUAAGAAUGCGCUGCAGUUCAUUAAGCAGUACUGGAAAAUGCAUGGUCGUCCACUGUUUGUUGUUCUUAUCCGUGAAGACAACAUAAGAGGGAGCAGAUUCAAUCCAAUCUUAGACAUGUUGGCAGCCUUUAAAAAGGGAGUUGUGGGCGGAGUGAAGGUUCAUGUUGACAGAGUACAGACAUUAAUAUCUGGAGCAGUUGUUGAACAGCUGGACUUCCUAAGAAUCACUGAAACAGAAGAGGCUCCUGUAUUUAAGAGUUUGGAGGAGUUGGAUCUUCCAAAACACUCAAAAGUCAAGAGACAGUCUAGUACUCCAAAUGCUUCUGAACUUGAGCAGCAACCAGAUAUAAAUAUUAAUGACUGGAAAAACAAGUCAACAUAUGAGAUCCUGCAGAAACUUAAUGACUGCAAUUGCCUGGCAAGUCAAGCAUUACUCUCCAGCGUACUGCUUAAAAGGGAAGGACCGAAUUUUAUCACCAAGGAAGGUACUGUUGCUGAGCAUAUUGAAAGGAUCUAUCGACGAGCGGGCAGCAAAAAGCUCUGGUCUGUUGUGCGCUUCGCAGCAAGUCUUUUAGGUAAACUAGUGGACAGCCUUGCACCAUCAAUUACUAAUGUUUUAGUUCAGGGCAAGCAGGUGACACUGGGAGCUUUUGGCCAAGAGGAAGAAGUUAUUUCUAAUCCCUUAUCCCCAGCAGUGAUUAAGAACAUCAUCUAUGAAAAAUGUCAUUUACAAGACGAAAGAGAUGCCGUAGUUCAAAAAAAUGUCAUACACAUUGGCUGGAUCAUCUCCAAUUCACCCGAGCUUUUCAGUGGCAUGCUGAAGAUUCGCAUUGGGUGGAUUAUCCAUGCUAUGAAGUACGAACUGAAAAUCCGUGCUGGGGAUAUGCCAGCGAAGGACUUGUACCAGCUGUCCCCUAGUGAAGUGAAGCAGCUUCUGCUGGAUAUUCUCCAGCCACAGCAGCAGGGGAGAAGCUGGCUAAACAGAAGGCAGAUCGAUGGUUCUCUCAAUCGAACUCCUGCUGGAUUCUAUGAUCGGGUGUGGCAGAUCUUGGAGAGAACGCCCAAUGGUUUAAUAGUGGCAGGGAAAUUCUUACCCCAGCAACCAACCUUAUCGGAUAUGACGAUGUAUGAAAUGAAUUUUUCCCUUCUGGUUGAAGAUAUGCUGCAAAAUAUCGACCAGCCGGAAUACAGGCAAAUUAUUGUAGAGUUGUUGAUGGUCAUAUCCGUUAUCUUGGAGAGAAAUCCUGAGCUGGAGUUCCAGGACAAAGUGGACUUGGAUAAAGUGGUGCAAGAAGCAUUUCAUGACUUUCAGAAAGACCACAGCAGUCCAAAGGGAGCUGAAAACCAAGACGGCAUGACCGCGUUCUACAACACUCACCCCAUCGGAAAAAAGGGAACAUGCAGCUACCUGAGCAAGGCCGUCAUCACUUUGCUGCUGGAAGGGGAAGUGAAAGCGAGCAACGACGAUCCUUGCACCAUUAGCUAG